AUGUCCUCUUUACGCGCACAAAAUGCAUGGAUGCUACUCAAGAGAGCCGGAGCAGUUCGACCGGCCAUUCACUCGAGUUCUCAGCGCUUCCAAAGCUCGCUGACAACGGUCACUAGCAGUCCUGUCCAGAGCCUCCCAAAGCAACCCGAUUACGAUAUCCCAGCUGAUAAAGCAACCUCUACAUUUACUCCUAUCCCCACCCGAGUGCAGGAUGGUAGCGAGGACAUUCUCCCAGCUGCAGUUCUGUCCGGUGCCCCAAUGGAGCUGCAAGCCCGCACCGUCAGAAUAUACAAGGAAUCCAAACCAGCGACGCAAUCUGGUGAUUUCAGAACAGAACGGUGGCGAAUGGAUUGGGACAUAUUGCCCAAAGGCCAUCGCUGGGAGAACCCCCUGAUGGGUUGGCAGUCAUCGGGAGACUUCAUGCAGGGCACUCACGUGAACUUCAAGACAAAGGAGGACGCAGUUCAUUUUGCAGAGAAGCAAGGUUACGACUACUUCGUUCAAGAGCCGAAUUCCCGAAAGUUCACUCCUAAGGCUUACGCCAACAACUUUCUUUAUUCGCCGAAAAAACUCAAGCAUGUUCGUACCAAGUAG